CACAGCUCCUCAUCACGGGUCACAUCGCUGAGAGGGGAUAGACCAAGACUGCUAUUGUACACAUCUAGACCACCGUCCAUGAUCGCAUAAUUCCAGCCGCACAGCCCUAUCACCUCCAGCUCUGUUAUCACCUAUGUACAGCCCGGCUUUAUAGAGACCGGAUCCACUCGUCCGAACUAUUGCCGCAGGCACUUGGCCAAAGGGAGGACACCAGCAGAAGACGGGCAGCGCCAACAUGAGGGAGAGGAUCACCUUCCUGCACAGGCCGGAGGAUGCUGUCGAUCCGGCCUCCAUAGCUGUCACUGGCACCAGCCUGACAGGCCCAGCCUUGUCUGCUGCUCGAGAGGACCGCAUCACCCUGGCCCUCGAGGAGCUGCCCGAGGAGCUGCGCCAGGUCUUGCAGAGCUGUCACGAGCUUCACAUAAGAUGGGUCAGCACUCAUCCCUACGACACCAUCAGCCCUCUCUACUCCCGCCUGUCGCCUGGCCUUCACGUCUUCUUCACUCCUCGAGCGGACUCGACCUUCCAAGAUGGUGAGCAGCUGUGUGUCGCCCUCAAAACGGCAUUCGGUAGCCUGGACUGUGAUACGCCAAAGGAGUCCUUCACCUCACUGCCGAGCGACCGCUUCUCUCACUCUACCGCCUUUCAGUAUUAUCAGCCCCUGGAUGACCUCUCGCUCUUCACUGAAUACCUUGGCAAGGAUGUCUGCCCCUUGCCAGCAUCUGCAUCAUCGUCCUCCGCCACCUCAUCAUGCGCCUCCCGCGUUGAGUUGCUGUCCACCGCCAACUCCCUGGAUAUCUCUUACGACACCAUCUCCCACGCACUCAAGGUGACCGGGACAUGGGGCUUCCAAGAACAGCCUCUGCGCGUCGUCGCACCCGAGGCCAGCAACCACCGUGUCGAGGUCGGCAUCCUCGCCACGGACAAGCCCCACGGCAUAGAGCCGCAUGAGCUGGGGCUCUCGGGCUCGCUCACAGUCCUGAGCCAGGACAAGAAGCCCUCCGCCACCAUCUUCAAGUUCCCAGCCCGCCACAGGCGCGUCGAUGGCGCCUCCUUCUCCGCCGCCUUCCUGCAGCCCACGGGCCUCCACCCCACGCUACAGCUCCGGCUCCACGGUGCCUCUGCCGCAUCGCCCCCGGACUUGGGUACUGACGGGGAGGGUGGCUCUUCCUCCCACUGCUCGCUGCACGCCCACCUGACCCUGCCACGGGCCAUCUUCGCCGACAAGUACCAGCUAGCCGACCCGCUGUUCCUGGCCUCCAAGAACCUGACCGCCCUGCGCUACAUCUCGCAGCCCGUCGACCUCGAGGCCCCCGACUAUGUCCUGAAGCCGUGGGGCUCGGCCGCACUGCUGGAGCUUGCGCCGCCGACGGCAGACCCGGAGAAGUCGGACUGGACGGCAGAGGUGCCGCUCCACCUGCGCUACCUCAGCCCCGCGCCGGGGGGUUACCGCACGGCGCACCUGCCGCACCCGGCCGUGUUCUGGGCCUGCACGACCGAGGAGGGCACCAAGUUCCCCGCGAGCCCGUUCGAGCGCGUCAACCUCGGCUACGACGGGCUGUUUGGACCGCGCACCGUCUUCUGGCACGUCGACCCGGCGCCGGCGGACGGGGCCGCGAGGCUGCUCAGCGAGGUGCGCGUGCCAGUGCUGGACGUGGACAAGUCCGCCUGGGUCAGCGCCGGCACGGCCGCUGUAGUCCUGCUCGGGUUCGGGUGGAUCGCGUGGAAGCUUCUCUCCGUGUACCUCAAGACGGGAUAUGGCCCGCAGCAGCAGAUGAAGGGGCUGGAGAAGAAGCAGCAGUAGGGCAGCGGAGAGGGCUCGAACUGGGAACAACACGGGUUUAACGGGGUUUCCGGGCGUCGGUGUUUCGAAGCAUAUUAUAUCCGC